AAGAUUUACAACAAAACACUGUGUACGCUGAUUACAAAGAGGACGAUCCCGUCAUUAUCAAUUUUUGGAAAGUCGUAUCUGAAUUUUCCGAGGAACAAAAGCAAAAAUUAAUAAAAUUUGUUACAUCUUGUUCUCGACCUCCUCUUCUUGGUUUUAAAGAACUGAACCCAAAGUUUAGUAUACGUAGAGCUGGUACUGGUGCAAGAUUGCCAUCGUCAA